AUGCGCGUGCUUGCGUACAACCGCUUCACGCGGCGGGACUGCUUCGUGCUCGCCGCGGCACUCUCCUUCGGGCUUGGGGACAUCCUCAUGUCCGACUUCCUCACGUACCUCUUCGCGGGCAUGCGCACAAACAACAAGGGCCUGCAGGGCUUCCUCGACAGCAUCACGAUCGUGCUCAGCACGCCUUUCUUGAUCACAGGCCUGAUCACGGUGCUCCUCAACUUGAUCCUCCCGCAGGAGGAUGACCAGAACGGGGACGACAACGAUGUCAUCGAGCGCGGCAUCGAGCGCGAGGUCGUGCACGUCGAGGCGGCGGAGCGCGGGCACGACGAGAAGACAAUCUAG